AUGGACCACUUUCCACGCUUGCGCCGCAACAAAAAGGAUGCCGCGACCCCUGUUCAAGCGUCGCACAAGGCUGACACGUCGGGCAAGAAAACACCGCCUCCGGGGGGCCUCCAGCCCAGCGCGCCAUCACGACCCAGCCAGAAGCUGAGCCCGUUUCGCGGCUUCCACCUGCGCUCGUCACACAAGCGCGCACGCGACUCCCCUCCGGCAUCGCUGCCUCACCCACCAGCUACUAUUGCCGGGGCCGAUCAUGACGCUGCCACAGCACGACCGGCGCCGCCUUAUGCGCCCGCCAUGGAAAACACGGGCGAGACAGCCACAACCUCCGGAUCCUCGGGGCCGCCGAAGAUGCCGGCGUUUCUAGAGUUGAGCGAGCAGGGUGGCUUUCCGUUAACUCAUACCGAAACUUCUACAGAGAUCGAGUCCAAGUUCCAGGAGCUGCUCUGGCUGGAGCGUAAUCGCCUGCUUCAAUCGGUGCAGAACCAGUCACCCGACUUCCGCUGGGCGCGCGUGACCGGCCCUCACCUGAAGCCGCUAGAUCGCUACAUGAACAUACAACCGUGGAAUAACAACCGAGUGAAGCUCCAGGUCCCUCACGGCCACGUCGACUACAUUAACGCGUCGCCCAUCGUCCUGACCCCGACGGCUGCCCGAAGCAGCACGACUGAGGAUGCGAGCGCGCAGCUUGACAGGUACAUUGCCAUGCAGGGCCCGAAACAGGCGUCGGCAGAUCACGUAUGGCGCAUGGUCGUUGAACAGAUGGAGAGCCCUGGGGUUAUCGUCAUGUUGACCGAGACGCACGAGUCGAACGUUGAGAAAUGCUUCCAGUAUUUCCCCCGGCGGAAGGAGGACCCGCCCAUGGAAAUCAACAGCCGCGAUGAGUUUGGCGACGGCUUCAUGGCAACGGUACGGUGCGAAGAGAUUGAGGAAACACCAGCCGGCGAUGCGAUCGAAUUACGGAAGCUUGUCGUCCAAGUGGUGUCCCGUGGCAAUAGGCCAACUACUGGGGGAAGCACCAACGGUACGGCCACCGGAAAUGGCACGGCGACCACAGCCACCCCUGAGCCGAUGGCUCGCGACCAAGACCUUGACGUGAAGAUGAAGUCCCCCACGGUAGACGUCCCCCCCGAAGGAGCGGCGGGACUGGGUUCCCGGUACGAAGACUCUCGCGAACCCGAUGAGGCUCAACGGAGGAAUGGUGGCGAAGCAGAAGAACGGAUCAUCUGGCAUUUCCUCUUCAAGGAGUGGCCCGACUUUGGCGUCCCUAACCUGGCGAAUCUCGACAACUUCUUCACGCUAAUGCGGCUGUCCCGCGAGAAGAACAGCAGCCCCAGCAACCCGCGCAUCGUCCACUGCAGCGCAGGUGUGGGCCGGAGCGGAACGUUCAUCGCACUGGAGCACCUAAUUCGGGAGUUGAAUGCCGGCGCCCUCGAGCACUGUGACGACCUACACGCGGCGCCAAUGCCCCCAAGGUCAGGGUCGGAUUUCGAGGGCGAUGAUGGCCCAGACAAGGGAGAGGAGGCUGACGACCCCAUCUUCAACACGGUCAACCAGCUCCGCGAACAGCGGCGCACCAUGGUGCAGGCCGAGUCACAGUACCUGUUCAUCUACCAGGUCAUGCGAAAGCUCUGGCAAGACAAGUACAAUGACGGGGAACCCGCAGCUAAGAGACUGGAGGUGGGGGGGGGGGGGGGGGGACGAAGGUUGAAACGGCAGGCGCCCUCACCUGAGCGAAGCGUCACAGAACGAACAGACGCAGCGGCAGACAAGACCAGGGUUAUCUGGACGGGUAAUCUUAACCCGUAA